UAAAAUUAUCACGUCCAACGUUCUUCAUCCGUUAAACAUAUCAUAAUAUAAUACAAACGUAUAUUCAUUUGUAUUUAUCAAAAAUUUAAUAAGUAUGAAUACUAUGCACGAAAGGAAUUAAUUGCUUGUGCAAAAAUACAGGAAGUUUUAAGAUAUCUUUAAAGAUAACAGGAAAUAAAAUAUGCUACAAAAUUACGCAAGCUAGCAUUGAAUUCAGAUUUUUUGUGUGUAUAUAAAGUCGUCAGACUUAAGGAUGAAACAGAACGAGAAUCAUUAAUAUGAAGUCUACAGUAUUAAACGUUCUUUUCAUCCUGAUAGUAGCAUGCUUGGUACUUCAGGUUCAAAGCGAGGGAUGCACGUGCGGAGGCUUGGGACCAGGUUCAAAUCCUUGUAGCUGUAGCGAAGUUGUUGUAAAAGCUCAAAAACUACCAAAACCUACAUAUUAUGUAUCGCCAGAAGAAAUCAAGGAUGUUGUAAUUGCAAAGAAUAUUCAAGUAGAUUGUUCUAAUUCACAAAGUGAAAAAAACUCCAGUUCUAACAAUGGCAGCAAAAACUCAAAUAGUUGUGGAUGUAAAAACAACCAAAAGACAGGCAGCACUUUAACUGUAGAAAGUGAAAGCGUUUCAGUAUAUACUGAUGUAUCUACUGAUAGCAUCUCUUCAGAAUCUGAAAUUAAAGUUAAAUCUUGCUCUAAUAAUCCUAGUAAAUCUAAGCCUGAUUGUAGUUGUAAGAAGGAAAAAAUAGAAACUUUGGAGAUUGAGGAUUCUAUAAGUUUCGAUGGCAAUGUUGCACCCAGGUUUUCACCAAUUGGUGAUUUAUGUUAUCCUCUUCCACCAGUGGUUCCACCUAAUCAUGGAAAAAUAAUAGAAAAAACUAAAGUUACACCAGCUUAUCCUGGCAAAUUUGUGUGUUGUCCUCCAUCAGUUCCAUAUGAAAUUUGUAUAAAUACAGCUACUGGGAAAAUUAAAACAAUUCCAUUAGAUCCCUCUGAUACUACAUCUAGUACAUCCAAAACAUCAUAUGGAAAUAUGAAUUUUGAAACACUUGGUGGAUCAAAUUCUGCAAUAUAUAAUUUACCCUUAAUUUAUACUAGAAACAGACAAAAACAAUAUCCAAAAAUAAGUAUGGGUAGCAGUUCUUCAGAUUGUUUUGAUGAUGCAACAGGCGAAACUCAAGAACACAAUUCAGCCCCAGCAAUGCCAGCAGAUGCAGUUUCUCUUACUCUUGCGUAUAAAAAUCUUCGUGCUCCAAAUGUAAUUUACAGACAAGGAAAACAAUUUGUUCCAGAAGAUAAAUUAUCCUUCGGUCAUCGUACAAUACCAACCGAUGUAAAAACUGAAAAUCAAAUGAUUGAUAUUGCAGAAGAAAAACUGGUAACCGUCAAUAAGCCUGUUGUAGAAUUAAAAAUAGCACCUCAAAAAACUAUUGUUAUUGGUUCUUACGAUGAACAAGAAGAAGCUAGACUUGCAGAGCUUGAGGCAAUCGAGCACGAAAGUAUAACAAAAGAAGAAGUUUCUGAUCAAUUAUCGGAAAGUCUUAUUUCCUACAAAGAUUUGGGUUAUGCACCUAUAGAUGUAACUAAUAUAAAUGCCAAAUCUAUAAGGUACAAUGAAGAAAUAAGUAAUAAAAAAAUUGAAGAAGCCAGUGUAGAAGAACCAUGUGGACCUUUAGGACCAUCGGUACCAGGUUAUAUUCCAGGAAAAAUAAUUGUUCAAGAAAGGAUUAUAGAUAGCUUCAGGAAUCCAAAAUCUAGGCUAUAUAUCUAACGUAAUGUGUUAAAAAACGUGAUACAUAUAUAUUUAAUCCUUUCAGUUAAAAAACAUUUACAUUAAUACGUAUUCGUAUAGACAUCUAUAUAAC